CAACUAGAGAUUUAAAAUCUCUUGUUUGUAAAAAAGCUUAUAUAAAAGAAAAAACAGAAAUAAUAAAUCCAAACCAAGAAGAACAAAGAAUACAUCAAGAAGAUCAUAGCCUUGUUAUUAGAUUACAAAAAAUAUGUGCUACAGUAAAUAAAGCAUUUAAUUUUGAACUAGAAACAAGAGAAGAAACUAUUAAAAUAUGUCAUGUAAAAUUAGCAUCACCAAAAGAUGUAGAAGAAUUAUUUUUGUUAAAGAAUUACAUAGAUAUUACUUCUUUUCAGUCAUUGCCACAAAA